UGUUGUUGAUUUCCAAUGUCAUUCCCUGUGGUCAGAGGACAUACUUAGUAUGAUUUUAAUCUUCAUAAAUGUACUGACUUAUUUUGUGGCCUAAUGUAUGGUUUAUGCUGGAGAAUCUUUAAUGUGCACUUGAGAAAAAUAUGUAGUGUGCUGUUUUGGGGUUGACUAUUUUGUAAAUGUUUGUUAGGUCUUUUUGGUUUAUAGUGUUAUUCAAAUCUUGUAUUUCCUUAUUAAUCUAUCAAGUCUUUCCAUCAGUUAUUGGAAAUGGAGUAUUGAAGUCUAGACUCCAUUAUACUAUCACUCUAGAACUGCCUUUGCCUACUCUCAAUUCUAUGUUUGGCAUAUAUUUUGAACUAUUCUUUUGGUGCAUAUAUAAAGUGUAUAUAUAUUUACAAUUGCUAUAUCGAUUGAUUGACCUUUUUAACAUUGUAUAAUAUCCUUUUUAUCUCAGCAAUUUUUGUGUGAAAAUCUACCUUGUCUGAUAUUUAGAGAGCCUCCCUAGCUGUCAAUUGGUUACUGUUUGCACAGAGUAGUUCCGUUACCCAUAAUUCUCAGGGUAUGGACCAAGGGAGGUCAUUCCCAGAAGGCCUUGCGGCGGGCGUGACGCACAGCUCGUUUCUAUGACGUGUCAUGUGGUUGCCUGGCAAGUGUUUGUGAGGUGAGAUAGUUGGCUGUGGGUUUUGUUAGGAAAGGUUUAAGGGUAGAAAAAGGCCUAAGAGGAGGCCAGGACUGGGCUAGGACUGAAUUAAAACUGAACAGAAAGUUGAGGGGUACACGUAUUGGUGGCCACAGCCUUUGCUGGUGGUUGCGGCAGGCACAUCGUUGCCUGUGAGGCAGUCGGUCAAGUAAACUAUGAUGGCCUCGAAUGUGGACUAUGCAGAAUAUGCCAGCGGUUUCCGCCAUGACGAGGUGAUCAGUUUCAUCAAUAAUGAAGUCCUCAGUAAUGGCGGCGGCCCAGAUUUCUACACUACCUUCCGCUCGCAGUCAUGGAGUGAGAUAGAGGACCGGCUUCAGGCUGUCCUGAAUGACCCUGAGUUGCCAAGCACCAUCAAGCGGGCCUGCACUUGGAGUGCGCUGACCUUGGGCAUACGUGUCGGUGCUAGGCAGCGUGAGCAGCUGGUAUACCGGGUUCGGCAGUUGCAGGAUCGGGUGGAGGAGCUUGAGGGGGUUUCCUGGGCUCUGGCUCCCGAGUUGCAGAGGCUGCGCAAAGAGCGUGAUGAGAUGGCCUCACAGCUGCGCUUCACACAGGCUGCCCAGCAGCAGGCACUGAAUGAACGUGAUAUGCUUCAUGGGUGGCUGCUCCAGACUGAGACAUUGGCCAAAGAGACUUUGUUGGCCCAUGGAAUAGUGCCUGGGCCUCGACCUGUGCAAGUCGGGGCCAUGGUAUGGCCUCUGAGUGAAGAGCAGCAGAGAAAUGUGGGGGCCAUGGGGAUGCCUGGCUGUCCCUGGAGCCAGGCCAUGCAACCGCUUCUGCCAGUGCCAUGCCCAUUUCCAUUUUACCCACCAUUCCCAAUGGGAUUCCCACCCUUGCAACCUUUGCCACCACCACCAGUAUUCACGGAAGCAGUACAUGCAGUAAUCCCACCUAACAUGCCUCCCCUGGGGAAUAAUCCCCCUGGCCCGUGUUCCAUAGUGGGGACCCAGGAGGAGAUGGCCCCACUGGGAAAACAGAGAAGCCACAGCCACAAGGAAGGUCCUGAGAUCCUCCAGGAUACAGUCCCCUUAGGGAACAUCAACAGCCUUAGCCAACAAGAUCCAGAGAGGCCCCAGAGGAUGGUCAACCUGAGCGACAAUAAGAAUCAUAGCCAGGAAGAUGGUGCAGUGGGGCCACAGAGAAUGGUCCCCACUGGGGAUAGCUACAACCAGAGCCAAGAACAACAUCUAGAGAGGCCCCACAGCAUGGUUACCAUGGGUGACAGGAACAAAAGCCAUAGCCAAGAAAAAGAUCCAGAGAUGCCCCAAGGGACUGUCCCCUUGGGGGGUAUCCAGAGCCAGGAAGGUGAUCCAGAGAGGCCCCAGGCAAGUCACCUGAGGGGCAGUAGGAGCCUUGAUGUGAAACAAAAUCCAAAGAAACAACUGUCUCAGGGGCAGAGGUUUUGGCAAUCAAAAGAGAGAAGAGCCUCAGCUUCCCAGCUCCGGAAGAUGUCUGCCCGACGUGAUUGGGACUGUCCUUGGUGCAAAAUGAUGAAUUUCUCAUGGCGCAAGGCCUGCUUUAGAUGCAGGAUAGUCUACAUUCCUGGUGAGCUGGGAAACGUGAACCCAGGACAAACUCAUUAA